AUGAAAAUAAAACGCAGCAAAUCUCUUUCUCCCGAACCAUCUAGCAGUUCAGAUGGUUCAAUAAAACGUGUAAAACUUGAAGAAGUUGCAAAUCAGAAUGGAACGUUGUCUUUAAAUAUCCUUGAGUUUUCAGAUGAUGUUUUGCUUAAUAUAUUGAAAUAUUUACAUCCACAGGAUCUUAUGGCAGUCAGUUUAUGUUGUCAGAGAUUUGCACAGUUAACGCAAGACAGAACUCUGUGGAGAAGAGUGGAUUUUCGAACAAAGUCUAUAUUUUUAGAUGACUUGAAUCAGUACAUGAAGUUCUUGCAACCAAUAACAAUGAGUUUGGCAAUACGUGGCAAUCUGAUUUCUCGCGAACGUUCAUCUCUUACACAAAAAUUUUUUAAUAAUGUGAAAAAUCUGUGUGAUCAACUUAAAGAAUUAAUUAUCGAAGAAUAUUACAUCAAUGGAGAUAAGAUUCAUAUAACAGAUUUUCCAUGCACCAUUGAAAAGCUAUCAUUAGAAGGUUGCAAAAUGAAUUAUUUACAGAGUAAUAAAUCUUAUUUUUUUAAAAUGGAUCUUCACAUGCCUAAUCUGACAUGUUUGAUUUUAAGUAAUUGUGAGUGGUUUACGCCGCAUUCCUUAUUAGUUAUUAGCAAAAUACCAAAACUCAAGGAACUUAGACUGAACUCAUGUCAUCGUCUGGGCGAAUGUGUUGCGUAUGCUAGUUUAGCAACUAGAUUUGGAUUUAAGACGUUAGAGAUUUUAGAUCUUCGAGAUACUGCACUAGGAGAUAGUGAAGUUGGUUGUUUUAGUAGUACUAAAACUUUAACGCAUCUAUAUUUGGAGUGUCCUUCGACAUGGAGACAUGAAGAACCGCCAGAAAUUGUACAACAACGACAACAACAGGCUCUUCGAUUACCCAUAUUUGAAGACGAUAAUCUAGCACAGUUUUUAGUUGAGGAUGGAUUCUCUUUCGAAAAUUAUGGAUUUCAACGAUGUUUGAUAUCGGAUAGAGCAAUUUGUGCACUUGGAAGCGAUAGUUGCGAUAGAGAAGUAGUAAAUAGUUUUCAUGCUCCGGAAGGAAUGAUAAUAUUACGGGAAGAUAAACGAAUCUCCAAUAAUCCAAAUCUUAAAACAUUAGUUGUUAGAAAUUAUCCACGUGUAACAAACUCCAGUCUUAUCCAUUUAGCUUUAAACGCAUCAAGAUUAGAAUAUUUGGAUGUUACUGGUACUUCUGUAACAAGAGAUGGUGUUGAAUCAUUUAAAUCUCAAAAGAGCAAUGUUAAAGUAGUCUCGUCAUUUAAUGAGACAUAGUUAAAAUCACGUCUAGGUUAAGAAUUAAUUAAUAUUUAUCUUUUGUUAACUUUUAAACUUUUUGUUUAGGAAUUAAUAGAAAUAUUUGCGACAAGUAUUAAUACUUUUAUAUCUGAAUAUGCUUCAAGAUUAAGAUUUAUCUAAUAUUAAAAAAAAAAAACAAAUGAAAAUGUUGUUAAUAAGAGCCUGCAUUGAGUGUGUUUAUGCAAUGUUAUAUUUUAAGAGUGGUUUUAUCGUAACAUGAAACAAUUGUACAUAAUUUUGACUAACGCAUAGUAUACAUAAAAUACGCAAACAUUUCGACUCACAAUUCGAGUCCUUUUCAGUGCUGUUUAAACGCAAUAACAGUCAAGAAUUACAUUGUGUGUUCCGUUAUAUCAUGGAAGAUUUAUCUUCUCAAAACGAAGGUGAUAAAACAUUAAACAAUGAAGUUAACCGCUAGCAUACGGUCUUCCAAAAACAAAAGCUUAAAAUUCACAAUGGAGGUGGGAGGCGACAAACUCGAUUUUUUUGACCUUACACUUAUUAACUCGACCAACAAGCUCAUACAAUUGGUACCACAAACCCAUUUUUCAGGGAAAUAUUUAAAUUUUUACUCACACCAUCCAAUUUGCCAAAAGAAAGAGUGUAUGACUUAAUAGAUCGCGUUAUGCAUUUGUCGCAUCCUACUUUUCACGAAUCGAACUUAAAAUUAUUAUUAACAUUUUACUAGACAAUGGAUAUCCUCUGGAGCUUAUUUUUACAUAUAUUAAAGAGAGGAACAUCCAUAUACUUAAUUCCAGAAAA